AUGUCCAAUCUACCUUUGUCAUUCCUACUAGCGCUGAUCAAAGUUCAAAACACCACCAAUGAUCUGCCCCUUCAACAUUUUGUCAUCUAUUCAUUGAAUGCUGUCAAAACUUAUCACACUCUCCCAGUGGUAUUGGUGUUUGGUACCAACAAAAUUUCUCAUGUUAGCCUAAUUUUGGAUUUCCACAUGGUCAGAAUUGUAGAUGAUCCGGAAUCUUCAAAGUCAUCGGAUGAACUGGAUUUCCCCGAACAAUUACCCAUGGAACCACCAUCAAAGCAAAGAAACUUAAAUUCGUUGACUCUAUCAAAAAGAACAAAGUAUUCGUAUGAACUAAAAGUCUUGUCUAAAAUCCGGUUAUCGUCGCAAUCUCCUUGUCAUUUAUGCUAUGGUUUUAAAAAACAAAAAAUACGGCGAAUAAAUUUUGUUUCAUAUUGUAUCGACUAUAAAGUUAAUACUUGA